GGAUGGUCGCCACGAAGAAGCGCCCGGUCACUGCGCGCCGCCAAGAGCAGUGUCGCAACAACCAGCGCCGAUACCGCGAGCAAGCUCGGAGCCACAAGGAACAGCUCGAGGCAAACGUGCUCGAGCUCACGCGAACGACGGCUCGGCUCGAAGGUCAUGUCGAGACAUACAAGCAAACGCUCGCGUGGAAAGCGAGGCAAGGACCGAUGGGCCGCGACCUGGAGCGGUGCCGCUACUACUGGCGCGUCAUGGCCUCUGGCUACGCGACGCACGACCCCACCGUGGCCGCGCACCAAGUGGCGACGAUCCGAUGCCUCUUCGCCGAGACCGUUCACGUCAUGGGCACGACCGGCGUCCAAAGGAUUCUCGACCAGAGCCUUCAGUACGCCUACGCCUUUGCCACCGUUCAGAUGGAGCUCGAGGCGCUCGAGGUCCUUGAACUCGAGGACGGUCAUCUCGUGCGAAGCUGCGGCACACUGCGCGUGGGGGUGACCGCCGAGACGCUUCGUAUGGUCUGUCCGCACGUGCUUGCGCAGCCGCGUCUGCGCGCGCGGCUCGAAGGCUGCGUCCUCGUCUGUCCGCUGCAGCUCACUUUUGUUUUCGGCCCGCGCCACGCCGAAGGUCCGAGUGCCGAGACACACGUGACGCGCCUCGAGUCGAGCUUGGACUUUACAAGGGGCCUCGUCGAGCUGCUCUGCGAUUUGCACGACGUGGUUGACGUUAUGCACGGCGCGUUGAUCGCACCGUCGGGCGAGAUCGCUUCGAUGCCCCGGACGUUCCACAGCAUGGGCUGUGCCACGCCACCUAGCACGGGACGAGCACACGUUUACAGUAGCUAA